AUGCCUGUCCCAGGUUGGACUAAGAUGUCGGAGGAGCAGCGCGAGCUGGCGAGGGACUGGUAUAGCCGCGGGAAGAAGCCAUCCGAGAUAGCUGAGCUGCUAGGUAGGGACACCUCGACCAUGGCACGGCUUCUGUGUAUGCAGAAACAGCCGAAGAAACAGGGCCGGCCAAAAGCCUUGACCACGGCACAGGUCGACUUGCUCGAGCGGCGGCUGGAUGAGCUGAUCGUGAAGGUGGACGGCGCGACUACCAUCACCGUCGAGACCUUGAAGAAGGCGACAAAAUCCAAGGCAAGCACGCAAUGCAUCUUGCAUGCACUGCACAAGCGGAACAUUUACUUCCGCAAGCUUCGGGAGAAGCCUGUGCUGACGCCUGCGGAUAUCCGAGACAGGUAUGCGUUCGCGAAGAAGUAUCGUGGCAAAUCGAAGCAGUGGUGGCUUAGCAAUGUGCAUGCGUUCAUCGACGGGAAGCACUUUCAGGUUUACCUGACUGGAGCUGAACGUGUGCGUGCCGCCAAGCACGUCACGUUUGGUGCUUACCGCCGCCCUGGACAAGGUUUGUGCAAAGGCUAUGUGAAACCCAAGGAGGGCAAUCUGAGGCACAACACCGGAGCCAAGGGUGUCUUGCUGCAUGUGGGUGUCGGCGCCGGCAAGGUCAUCUCUGUCCAGGAGGUCGCAGGGCGGUGGAAUGGUAACUCGGCGAGCGUCUUCUACAAGACACUUGCCAAGGACUUGGCUAAGGCAUGGCCUGGUAAGCGCAAGUACACAGUCCUCGAGGACAAUGACCCGACCGGGUACAAGUCUUCGAAGGGUUUGGCUGCGAAGCACGAAGCCCAGAUUGGUGUCCUGGAGAUCCCGAAGCGUAGCCCAGAUCUCUCGGUCUUGGAUUAUGCCAUUUGGAAGGAGGUCAACAAGCGCUUGCGGAAGCAGGAGAAGACGUGGAGUGGCGCCAAGCGUGAGACGCGGCCGCAGUACCUGAAGCGCCUGAAGAGGACCAUCCGCAACCUGCCCAAAGCCUUCCUUGAGGACAGCAUCGGGGACGCUGCAAGCGGCUGUAUGAGUCCAAGGGCUACUUUUUCGAAGAGGGCGGCUCUAGCAACUGAGUGGAACUUUGAAUCCUUCAGCAGGUGCAGGCGAGGCCGGAGGCUACGCUGCGACCCGGCAACUUCUCCUUGA